GUUUUAAGAAGAACUGGAAGAGAAGUUUGCAAAUAUUGGGAACCAAGGACCUAUAGGCUGAGUUCCUGAGAAUGAGCAUUGCUGUGGCAGAAAUAGGAAAAGUUUGACAGAGCAUUAUGGAAGAAGGUAGCUACAUCCCAGAAGAUAGCUCACCGACACGUCAUAUCAAGGACUCAAAAAAGAUACAAUAGUUAGAACAAGGUAGGCAAGUUCUGCUCAUGAACUUUCUCCUCUCCUGAAGAUGUUGACUUGUGAGUGGCAAUGUUGACUUGAAGAUGAAGAUUUGUGAGUGGCAAUGCUAUUCCACAAUAAACGAAUGACAUUUCAACCUGAACCUCUCAUCCUAUAAGACUGACCUGAGGAUAUUUCCAGAGUGAGUUAACUGAUGUUACGUCCAUAGCCCCCACCUUUGUGAGAAUCAUAAGAUCACCGGUGGGUUGGGUCAAGGGGCCCAGGAAAUGAGAACAGGAUGUGCAAAAUGUCUCAUUUCCCCGGCGAUGUAAAGCUACGGGACAUGGCUAUUUUCUCUGGAAGACCCAGUUGUGUAUUGAGUACUGUACUAUUCAUUGAAGCCCCUCAGGGGAUGACCAGAGUGGGCUGGUUGAGGGAUUGCAUCAUCCCAACCUGAUUGACAUCUGAGACCCCAUGAGGAAGUAUAAAAGAGGGUCUGGGGAACAACCCCUUUAGACGCACCAGAAGAAACAUUAAGCAACCACGUAACAGCAGGAAAUCAUCUGAAGGAAGCCACAUGCGUUCAAUUCCGUGGCUGGAACCAUGGGAAAACAGCUUUUAGCUAACAAUGGGGAAGCCCGCUCCCCUGACUCAACGGAUCGGCAUCUUAAAAGAUCUGGGGCAAGUUUAAACCGCAUCACUUUUAAACCCAACAACGCUGCAGCUUGAACGAACUGAUAGUGACUGUUAUCUUUCCAUCAGACAAUACAUUAACCCCUAGGCAACGAUAGAGCUAUUUCUUAUUGGUUAUUAUUAUACCCUCGCUUAGAUUUAGUAUUGACGACGUAUAUUAUCUGUAUGUUUGCAUUAAUCUUAUUUUUGUGACCUCUAUCAAUAAAUACUUUUAAAAAUAGUACCAUCAGACAUCAACGGACCUCUCUAUCUUUGCUGGUAAGUGAUCCAGUUACGUAACAGUUACGAAUUCCAGUUACGGAAUUCGUAACAAAGUUGGGGGCUCGUCCGGGAUUUGACACCGAAUUGGGAGGCCAGUGAAUCGGGCUUGUAAGUCCAAAACUUGGAUCUGGUUACGCGGGUAGCCAGACGGGAAACCAGCAAAGAUGGACGUGGGUGAAUUUAUAGAAAACCCAAAUCUGGAGGCGCUGGAGGCGGCCUAAAAAUCGGACUUGAUAAAAUUGGCGAAGGUGUUAAACCUCGCAGGGGUGAGGUUGUCAAUGAAAAAGCGGGAGGUGCGAAGGGCAAUAACUCAGUAUUAUAUUGGGAAGAAUGUGUUUACAGCUGAGGUAUUGGAAAAUAUCCCUGAAGAGGCACCAGCUAGUGGGACGGCUCAGUUAGAGUUGGAGAAAUUAAAGUUGGAACAUGCAAUUAAGCUAAAGCAGCUGGAGGCAGCUGAGAGAGAGAGAGAGAGAGCAAGAGAGGGAAAGGGCUGAGAGAGAGAAAGAGAGGGAGCAUGUGCUCCAGCUGAAGGAGUUAGAGGUGAAACGAGAGCAUGAAAUUCAGUUAAAACAGCUGGAAGCAGCUGAGAAAGAGAAACAGAGGAAACAUGACUGGGGGAUGGAGAAGUUACGGCAGGAGCCACGAGUUCCAGGGUCAGACCGAGAGGAGCGGUUCAAUGUUAGUCAAGAGUUGAGGUUAGUACCUCCGUUCGAGGAGACGGAUGUUGAUAGUUAUUUCUUGCUUUUUGAAAAGGUGGCCAUGAAUCAGAAGUGGCCCAGAGGUCAGUGGGUGGCGCUGUUACAAAGUGUGUUAAAGGGGAAGGCACAGCGGACAUAUACGGCGUUGGCCGAGUAGGAGGGAGAGGAGAAGAGUUAUGACAAAGUAAAGGCGGCCAUUCUCUGGAGAUAUUCAUCUGCUAGGUUCACAGAUGAAUAUGACCUAACCCACAAGACCAAGUUUUCCUCGAAUAAAAGCUCCCAGAGAGACCAUGGGAACGAUCAAGAAAGUCCGCCGGCUGAGGCAGAGGUCCCGCCGGAAGCUAGUGGUAAGGUUGAGGGGGAGAGGCCAGACGGCCAGAGAUUUCUGGGCUUGACCUGUUUUAAUUGUGGAAAGGGGGGACAUAUUGCAUCUAGGUUCUUUGCUCCGAGGAAAGAGACAGGAAAAGGGAAAGCAGCAGUCCCUAUCAGAUGUGUCGUGGUAAUCAGUAAAUCGUCAAGAGAGCCCCGGGUAGACAAGAGUACGAGAAGGGUCUGAGACUUGUCUGUCACACGGAACCGUGUCAGUGAGGGAGGGGGACACACCAGUUCCUGUACGGAUCUGGAGAGACACGGGGGGCUGAGCUGUUGUUGAUCAGCAGUAAGGUUCUAGAGUUUGGUCGCAAGACGAAGAUGGUAGCUGUGAAGGGAAUAAGUAAAGGAACAGAAAUGGUUCCCUUACAUAAGGUCAUUAUGGAUUGUGAGCUGUUAUCUGGACCAGUUGAAAUAGGAGUGCGAUCAGAAUUCCUGAGAACUGACGCGGACGUCCUUCUCGGUAACGAUUUAGCAGGUGGUAAGGUCUGGUCGGCAAUGCUGCCGACCCGCCGACCAGCGAGUGCGGUGGCCCUGCCCCUAGAUUCCAAGAUCUACCCCGCAUGCGCAGUCACUCGCAGCAUGUCGAGAGAGGCAGCUGAGAAUGAGAGCAGUUUAAAUCCGGCCAGUUUUGAUUUGGCCGAGACGUUUCUACCGACCCUGUACCAGGAGGGUUUAGAGGGUGGUAAAACGAAGAGUAGUAAAGUGGAAGAGGGUAAGGGAGCGGAGGUAGACCUGCCCUUAGCGAGGAGAAAGGCCCUAGAGCAAGGAAAUAAAGAUGAGGAACCAAUAGAGCGUUUAAGAGGUCCAGAGUUGGACAGGGAUGAUCUGUCUGGUUUGGCAGAACUGUUUGAAGAAGCUGAAAAUUCUAAAGGUGUUCCCGAUAAUGAAAAGAGGGCAGUCCUAGAUGAAAAGGGUGCCCUGGCCUUGAAGAAGUCUGCUGGGUUGGCAGAUGAGGUUGUUUCAGCCCGCGGGGUUGAGUUUACUCCGGAAGGGAGUUGCCCAGAGAGUACCUGGGAGGAUCGGGAAAACGUAGAAUUUGAAAAGGGUACGGGUAUUGAAAGCCUGGAAGAGGCCAAUGUCCCGUUUGAGUGUGUCCAAGAUGGGGAUGCACGUGGUACUGAACCUAGUAACGGAGCUCAGAAAAAGUCUGAGGUAUUUGAUUCAGUGGAACGGAAUGGCCGUCCUGGUGGAUCAGAUAGACUUGGUUCAGUGAAGAAAGGGUUAACCUUGGUAAUAGUGGGAAGUGAGAGUUUCCAGGUGUUUGUGCUCGAAGGUGUGCUGAAAGUUAAUGCGGAGUUCACAAAUGGGGAGAUAAAUAUUAUCAUUGAAGGAAACGGGAAAUCUGUAGUUCCCAAAUCGAAUGAAGAAAUUUUAAACUCUGCCGAUCGCUUACCGAUUCAGCCGGAAGGUGACGGGGCCCCCCACGCUAUUAUUAUUCCAAAAUGUGGUGUAAAGAGGCAGAAUUCGAAAUGCUGUUUGAACAAAGAGGGGUCGCUAGUAUCGAGACCCAAUAGCCUCAGGGGUCCUGAAGAGAAAACUAGCAAUUUGAGUAAAAUUAAGGAAUUGGGUGGAAAUUCGGGAAAUGGGCUAAGUUUCCAAACACAUUGUUGAUAAAAUUACUCCUCUGGAAGGAGCGGAUGAAAGCCGAGUUCGCCAGGGUGCGCCAACUCCCCACAUGGGAAGUACCCGGAAAAGAGGCGACGGUUAAUGGGGAUGCCAUUUUUAAAUAGCAAAGCCAGUUGUACGGGAUUUCGACACAGCCUGUGAAUAAUAAAGACAACCCCCUUGAAGCAUGCCUGUUCAGUUUGAAAAUGACCGAAAAUGUGUAGUUCCAUAAACUUUUGUAGAUGCACGGAAGCUAAGAUCACACCUCCUUAGAGUUGUUGCUGAAGGAAAGAAAUAAAAAUAGGCGGUUAUUAAAUUGAAGUCUGAUGCUACAAGACUUUAGUACGGUAUACGAUGUCAAGAUAUUGAAGAAAGUGACACUGUAUUCGUUAACUGUUUAGAUACUGAAUUGAAUGUAUCACUGUAUUACUCUAGAAAAAAAAACUUUGGUUAGAUUCUAACACCCUGUGAGACUCUGUAUUCGUUUUUUUCUGAUGGUAAAAAACGCCUUGAAGAAAGGGGGUGUGACGUCCAUAGCCCCCUCCUUUGUGAGAAUCGCAAGAUCACUGGUGGGUUGGGUCAAGGGGCCCAAGAAAUGAGAACGGAACGUGCAAAAUGCCUCAUUUCCCCGGCGAUGUAAAGCUACGGGACAUGGCUAUUGUCUCUGGAAGUCCCAGUUGUGUAUUGAGUACUGUACUAUUCAUUGAAGCCCCUCAGGGGAUGACCAGAGUGGGCUGGUUGAGGGCUUGCAUCAUCCCAACCUGAUUGACAUCGGAGACCCCGUGAGGAAGUAUAAAAGAGGGUCUGGGGAACAACUCCUUUAGAUGCACCAGAAAAAAACGUUAAGCGACCACGUACCAGCAGGAAGUCAUCUGAAGGAAGCCACGUGCAUUCAAUUCCGUGGCUGGAAUUGGUGGCUGGAACCACGGGAAAACAGCUUUUAGCUAACAACGGGGAAGCCCGCUCCCCUGACUCAAUGGAUCAGCAUCUUAAAAGACCUGGGGCAAGUUUAAACCGCAUCAUUUUUAAACCCAGCAACGCUGCAGCUUGAACGAACUGAUAGUGACUGUUAUCUUUCCAUCGGACAAUACACUAACCCCUAGACAAUGAUAGAGCUAUUUCUAAUUGGUUAUUAUUAUACCUGCGCUUAGAUUUAGUAUUGACGACGUAUAUUACCUGUAUGUUUGCAUUAAUCUUA